UCAACACAACUCACAUCAUCAAUCUCAUCAUCAACACCACUCACAUCAUCAAUCUCAUCGUCAGCGUCUUCGCAAUCGACGUCGUCAUCAUCGUCAUCAUUGUUACCAGUUCCACCACCUCCUCUCCUGGCGUGACGGGCGCCGGUGCGAAGCAAGAGUCGCGUGGAGCACUCGGCACCUCAUCACCCCCAUUCGAUCAUCGUCACCUGUUCCACUCCCUCCCUAGCGAGGAGCACGAGGAGCUGGUAGUGCCGGCACGAGGAGCUGGUAGUGCCGGCACGAGGAGGGAGCGCAGCGUCUUGGAUCAUCGUUUCACCAUCAUCACCAUCACUAUCCUCCGCCUUGUCAACAACAUCAUCAUCACCAUCACUAUCCUCCGCCUUGUCAACAACAUCAUCAUCACCUGCCACUUCCUUCCCCCCGCUAUCCUCCGGUGAGGUGUAGUGGUGAGGUGUAGUGGUGAGGUGUAGUGGUGAAGUGUAGUGGUGAGGUGUAGUGGUGAGGUGUAGUGGUGAGGUGUAGUGGUGAAGUGUAGUGGUGAGGUGUAGUGGUGAGGUGUAGUGGUGAAGUGUAGUGGUGAGGUGUAGUGGUGAGGUGUAGUGGUGAGUAGUGGUGUGUGGGCUGCUCCUCCUGCGCGUGUCUGGGCGGCUUCUCCAGGCUCCUUGCUCCUCUUCCGUAUCCAGCACAGGUACCCCCCUCGCCCCCCGCUGGAGGCUGGGCAAGCGGCGCCCAGCACCAGCAGCAUGAGCCAGGAGAGCGGAACCCCGACGACGCCGCCGCCGCCGCCCCCGGGAGAGGCCCCGGCGGCACCGCUCCCCGCCGCCGGGCCCGGGGCCGGAGCCGGGGCCGUGCCGCCCAGCCCGUGCCUCUCCAAGGUGGAGCUGCGGGUGUCGUGCCGCGCGCUGCUCGACCGGGACGCGCUCUCCAAGUCCGACCCGUGCGUCAUGCUGCUCAUGCAGUCGCGCGGCCAGUGGGUGGAGGUGGAGCGCACGGAGGUAAUCAAGAGGAACCUGCACCCCGUCUUCUCCAAGGUCUUCACCAUCGACUACUACUUCGAGGAGGUGCAAAAGCUUCGCUUCGAGGUGUUCGACAUCAACAGCAGCAGCGUCCCCUGCGGGCCCCGCGAGGACGACUUCCUGGGGGCCGCGGAGUGCACCCUGGGGCAGAUCGUGUCGCACAAGAAGAUCACCAAGCCACUGGUCCUCAAGCAUGGCAAGCACGCGGGCAAGUCCACCAUCACGAUAAUCGCCGAGGAGCUCUCGGGCAACAACAACUACGUGGAGUUGUUCUUCAGCGCGAGGAAGUUGGAUGACAAGGACCUUUUCAGCAAGUCGGACCCCUUCCUGGAGAUCCACAAGCUGGACGACGACGACACCUUCCAGCUGGUGCACAGGAGCGAGGUGAUCAAGAACAACCUGAACCCCGUGUGGGCGCCUUUCACUAUCUCCAUCAACUCGCUCUGCAGCUGCAAUUACGACAGACUAAUUAAGUUCGUGGUGUGGGACUGGGACUCAAGUGGAAAGCACGACCUCAUCGGGGAGUUCUCCUCGACAUUCAACGAGAUGCUGGGAGCCCGCGAUGGCAAACAGGUGCAGUGGAACUGCAUCAACCCCAAGUACAAGCUCAAGAGGAGGAAUUACAAAAACUCUGGGGUCGUGAUCCUCACGCAGUGCAGGAUCCAGCGAGUUUACUCCUUCCUCGACUACAUCAUGGGGGGCUGUCAGAUCCAGUUCACGGUGGCGGUGGACUUCACCGCCUCCAACGGGGACCCCAAGAACUCGUGCUCGCUGCACUACAUCCACCCGUACCAGCCCAACGAGUACCUCAAGGCGCUGGUUUCCGUGGGGGAGAUCUGCCAGGACUACGACAGUGACAAACUCUUCCCGGCGUACGGCUUCGGAGCCAGAAUCCCCCCCAACUAUCACGUUUCCCACGACUUUGCGCUCAACCUCAACCUGGACAACCCCGUGUGCGAAGGCAUCCAGGGCGUGGUGGAGGCCUACCAGAACUGCCUGCCCCAGAUCCAACUGUACGGGCCCACCAACAUCGCUCCCAUCAUCAACAAGGUGGCCAAGUUCGCCAUCGAGGAGGAGAACACCAAGCAAGCCUCGCAGUACUUCAUCCUGCUCAUCCUCACGGACGGCGUGGUCACCGACAUGGCCGACACGCGCGAGGCCAUCGUGCGCGCCUCCCACCUGCCCAUGUCCAUCAUCAUCGUGGGCAUCGGCAACGCCGACUUCACCGACAUGCAGAUCCUGGACGGGGACGACGGCGUGCUGCGCUCGCCGCGCGGGGAGCCCGCGGCACGCGACAUCGUCCAGUUCGUGCCCUUCCGCGACUUCAAGAGCGCGUCCCCGGCGGCGCUGGCCAAGUGCGUGCUGGCGGAGGUGCCGCGCCAGGUGGUGGACUACUACGGCAGCCGUCGUGUGGAGCCCUGCAGCCCCUGUCUGCACUCACAGCGCGUGCCCUCCACGCUGGCCCUCUAGGCAGCCUCGGGACGUGCCCUCUGCCCUGCCUCUCUUGACGUGCCCUCUGCCCUGCCCCUAUAGACAUAGGGCAUACUCUCUACCCUGCCCUCAUUGAUACAGGCAUGUCGUCUAUCCUGCCCUUAUAGACACUUGGGCAGGGCUGAGGGAGGGAGGGGCUACGAGCUUGCCAUGUGUCCUUGUUGAGCCGUCCAGACAAGUGGCAGAAUUCCUGAAUCCCCUCUGCUGAACGGAGUCCUGUCGUCACCUGGGGGGUGGCGGGAUGAACGUGAAUGGGGGGCGGAGGAGAGCGAGCAGGGCUCGGGGUGGAGAAUUCCUCCACCACCAAGCCCUCUGGGAUUCCAUGCUCACUGGCAGGUCAUGCCCUCUGGCAGGUCAUGCCGUCUGGCAGGCCAUGCCCUCUGGCAGGUCAUGCUCUCUGACAGGUCAUGCCCUCCGACAGGCCAUGCCGUCUGACAGGUCAUGCCGUCUGACAGGUCAUGCCCUCUGGCAGGCCAUGCCGUCUGACAGGUCAUGCCGUCUGACAGGCCAUGCCGUCUGACAGGUCAUGCCCUCUGACAGGCCAUGCCGUCUGACAGGUCAUGCCCUCUGGCAGACCAUGCCGUCUGACAGGUCAUGCCCUCUGACAGGCCAUGCCCUCUGACAGGCCAUGCCCUCUGACAGGCCAUGCCGUCUGACAGGUCAUGCUGUCUGACAGGUCAUGCCCUCUGACAGGUCAUGCCCUCUUACAGGCCAUGCCGUCUGACAGGUCAUGCCGUC